UCUGUAGGAUAUUCGUGUCCUGCAGCUUACUCAUGAACUCUCAUAGAGAACAGCCAAGAGGGUGUAUAGGAUGACGUGAAGAUGGCGAGCGGCCCAAAGACCUAGAGAGUAUGCGUGGCUUAAGGAAGCUUUGGGAUAGAGAAGGACGGCGAGGGAGCUCCAAGAGGAGUUCGAGCGGCGAAAGCUCGGGGGAAGCGCAGGGGGGAUGUGGCGAAAGCUUCAUGAACGGUUCAAGAAAGCCGUGGGGAGAAUGGAAAGGGAAUUUCAGGAGUUUGAGUCUCUCAAACCCGCCAGAUGGCAUUGGACAAUGAAGGUGCCCUUCAUUAACCAAACAAUCCCUUGCACUCUGACCACCAUCUCGGAAGCUGAGGCUUCUGGUACUGGAUUGUGCCGAGAUAUCGAUUUGCAAGUCGUUAUCACAACUUCCGAGACUUACCCACUGACCAAACAGUGCCUUGCACUUUGGCCACCAUCACUUGUCAGAGUAUUGAAGCGCCAGAACUCGAAACGACCCACUGCUUCCAGCAGUAUCCCUACACUUCCCUUGAGUAGUUCAGCUCGAAACCCAGUUACCUGGUCACUCCUGAAGGUGGCUUUGGUUCGCCUCCGGGAGGUCACUGAAGCAGAAGAUGAAGCGGAGGCCACUGGGACAAAAUUCCAUCGAGACACUGAUUUGCAAGUCAUUGUCAAGACGAUCGACAUUAACCCCAUCAUCUACUUGGCCUGUGCGUCUGCGCUUGCUUGUGCCUCUGUGGUUUGGCGUACUAUGUUAUAUCAUGACGAUAUUAUUACAUAUGCAGAUGGCGCCAAGGGAGAUUUCAAAAGAGGUCAAGUCCAAGCAAUAAGGCUUGACGGCGACCCAGAAGCCAUUGGGCUUCUUUCACAUUAUUCACUACGAAUUCAACCAUGUUCCUGAAUGUCCUACGCUUGAUCGACUUUUCGAUCUAGAAAAUUGCUUUCCAGUUUAGAUGCACCCAUAUUCUACCCUUGGGUUGACCAGUGGACUACACAGCUGUCUAAAUACGCUGUUGAA